UCCAGCGGGGCCAGGAAACCCUGGGGGCGCGCAGCAGCGCUGGCGGCCCGGGGCCGAUCCGCAAGGGCAGCGAGCGGAGCCGGCCGGGCCGGGAAUGGGAGCGCGGCUGGAAUGGGGCUGGGUGCGGGCUGAAACGGGAAUGGGAGCGGGGCUAGAGCGGGGCUGGAAUGGGGCUGGAGCGGGGCUGAGUGCGGGAAUGGGAGCGGGGUUGCGUGAGGGGCUGGAGCGGGAAUGGGAGCGGGGCUGGACAGGACCGGGAGCGGGGCUCGGAGCGGGGCUGGAUGCAGGGCUGGAGCGGGCCGGGAGCGGGGCUGGAACGGCGCUGGAUGCAGGGCUGGAGCGGGCCGGGAGCGGGGCUGGAACGGCGCUGGAUGCAGGGUUGGAUCUGGCCGGGCCCCUCCGCAGCGAGCAGGGCAGGGGAAGGAGCCGCGUCCCCGUCCAAGCCCUGACACGUGAUGGGGCCGGGGAGCGCCGAUGGCCGCAGCGGGACAGGGCGGAGGUGUCGAGAGAGAACGCUCAGCCAGGUGGGACACCAGCCUGGGCAUGUCAGGAGAAAUGUGUGACUUUGGGCAGAACCCUGCUGUGCAUCCGCCCUCAGGCUGGAUGCUCCUCUGGAGCUGAUGAUCACCAAAUGUGGCCAGAACUUCGGUGACUCCUGUUCU